AUGGCGGCAGGGGAACAGGACCGGAGCUGCUGCGAUGCUGAAGCGAAGUGCAGGUCAGCCGAGCAGGGAGGUCUCAGUCCAGCUGGGAGGCAUGUCAACGGCGAGAAGGCUUUCAGCAUCAGCAUUGAGCGUAGAGUCGCUCCUUUGAAUCAUAUUCAGUCACUAUCUCCAUCUGAGACUUUGAUCUCAGUCUCUGAACCUCUGGUGCAGAUGGAUGGGAAACCCAGCUGUUGUUUCUUCAAGUUCAGUCCAAAACUGAUGUUUACCAAGGUCCUGAAAGCCCAGCUGUGGGUUUAUCUUCGGCCACUACAGCAAACUUCCACUGUUUACCUGCAGAUCCUUCGCCUUAAACCUAUCACUGAGCAGGGAAGCCGACACAUCCGCAUCCGGUCGCUCAAAAUCGAGCUCAGUUCACAAGAUGGUCAUUGGCAGAGCAUUGAUUUCAAGCAUGUGUUGCAGAACUGGUUCAAGCAGCCACACACAAACUGGGGCAUUGAUAUAAAUGCCUAUGAUGAGAGUGGCAAUGACCUGGCUGUGACGUCUCUGCGGCCUGGAGAGGAAGGACUGCAGCCGUUCCUGGAGGUCAAGGUUCUUGAAACAACCAAGCGCUCACGGAGAAAUCUGGGUCUUGACUGUGAUGAGCACUCCACAGAAUCCCGCUGUUGUCGCUACCCGCUCACAGUGGACUUUGAAGCUUUUGGCUGGGACUGGAUCAUUGCACCCAAACGUUACAAGGCAAACUACUGUUCAGGCCAGUGUGAGUACAUGUUCAUGCAGAAGUACCCACAUACUCAUCUGGUUCAGCAUGCCAAUCCUAGAGGCUCGGCAGGGCCAUGCUGUACGCCCACGAAGAUGUCGCCAAUAAACAUGCUGUACUUCAAUGAUAAACAGCAGAUAAUCCAUGGCAAAAUUCCAGGAAUGGUGGUGGACCGUUGUGGCUGUUCAUAG